AUGAAACAGGGAAUGAAACAGAGAAUGAAACAAGGAAUGAAACAAGGAAUGAAACAAGGAAUGAAACAGGGAAUGAAACAAGGAAUGAAACAGGGAAUGAAACAAGGAAUGAAACAAGGAAUGAAACAGGGAAUGAAACAAGGAAUGAAACAGGGAAUGAAACAAGGAAUGAAACAAGGAAUGAAACAAGGAAUGAAACAAGGAAUGAAACAAGGAAUGGAACAGGGAAUGAAACAAGGAAUGAAACAAGGAAUGAAACAGGGAAUGAAACAGGGAAUGAAACAGGGAAUGAAACAAGGAAUGAAACAAGGAAUGAAACAAGGAAUGAAACAGGGAAUGAAACAAGGAAUGAAACAGGGAAUGAAACAGGGAAUGAAACAAGGAAUGAAACAAGGAAUGAAACAGGGAAUGAAACAGGGAAUGAAACAGGGUUUAAAACAGGGAAUGAAACAGGGAAAAUGA